AUGGAGAAGAAAGACCCUCAGCCUUACUCGGGAAGGAUCGAAAUACUCCCUGACUUCUCACAUAGGCAACAAGGUUGCCUGCCAGCUCCUGGGACAGCCUGCUGGGUUGGAGUGCAGCAUUCCUGCAAUGAGCCUGCCUGUCACCAGGAAGCCAUGCUGCUAGAGAGUGAUGGCUCCACAGAUGGUUGCGACAUGUGCGCGGACAACCGCAACGGGGAGUGCCCCAUGCACGGGCCGCUGCACUCGCUGCGCCGGCUUGUGGGCACCAGCAGCGCUGCGGCCGCUGCACCCCCUCCGGAGCUGCCCGAGUGGUUGCGGGACCUGCCGCGGGAGGUGUGCCUGUGUACCAGCACCGUGCCAGGCCUGGCGUACGGUAUCUGUGCUGCGCAGAGGAUCCAGCAGGGCACCUGGAUUGGGCCCUUCCAGGGUGUGCUCCUGCCCCCGGAGAAAGUACAGACUGGCGCCGUGAGGAACACGCAACACCUCUGGGAGAUCUAUGAUCAAGAUGGGACACUACAGCACUUUAUUGAUGGUGGGGAGCCUAGUAAGUCGAGCUGGAUGAGGUAUAUCCGAUGUGCAAGGCACUGUGGAGAACAGAAUCUAACAGUAGUUCAGUACAGGUCGAAUAUAUUCUACCGUAUUCCCAGGGGCACCGAGCUUCUGGUGUGGUACAAUGACAGCUAUACGUCUUUCUUUGGGAUCCCCUUACAAUGCAUUGCCCAGGAUGAAAACUUGAAUGUCCCUUCCACAGUAAUGGAAGCCAUGUGUCGACAAGAUGCCCUGCAGCCCUUCAACAAAAGCAGCAAGCUUUCUCCCUCUGGCCAGCAGCGCUCCGUGGUUUUCCCACAGACUCCCUGCAGCAGGAAUUUCACCCUCUUAGAUAAAUCUGGACCCAUCGAGGCAGGAUUUAACCAAAUCAACGUGAAGAAUCAGCGGGUGCUGGCGAGCCCAACCUCCACCAGCCAGCUGCACUCAGAGUUCAGCGACUGGCACCUUUGGAAGUGCGGCCAGUGCUUUAAGACUUUCACACAGCGCAUCCUCCUGCAGAUGCACGUGUGCACGCAGAACCCCGACAGACCCUACCAGUGUGGCCACUGCUCCCAGUCCUUUUCCCAGCCAUCAGAAUUGAGGAACCAUGUAGUCACUCACUCCAGUGACCGACCUUUCAAGUGUGGCUACUGUGGUCGUGCAUUUGCUGGGGCUACCACUCUCAACAACCACAUCCGGACACACACUGGAGAAAAGCCCUUCAAGUGCGAGAGGUGUGAGAGGAGCUUCACACAGGCCACACAGCUGAGUCGACACCAGCGGAUGCCCAAUGAGUGCAAGCCAAUAACCGAGAGCCCAGAAUCAAUCGAAGUGGAUUAA